AUGCCUCCGCCCCGAUUGUCACCAGGUGCUGUAUGGAACAAAGUUUGCGGGCUACCAAAAAUUACAGAUACUGGAAAGGCAUGUAGAAUUGAAGGAUAUGGGGUCGAUCACAAUUGGACAAAGAGAACUUUAAAAGUAGACGACGUCAUUAAGUUGGAUCGAAAUAUUCCAGUCAUUCUAUGCAAGUUGGAACAAGUAUUUCCGCCUGGUUUUUUUGACUCCAUGGAACAUUUACCUGUGCAUCUCGCCUAUGAAGCUUAUCUUGGAGGACCUGUUCAAUAUAGGUGGAUGUAUCCGUUUGAAAGGUUCAUGGGUGAUUCAAAACGAUCAGUGAAAAAUAAGGCUAGAGUUGAAGGAUCGAUAUGUGCACAUUACUUGCAUCGAGAAACAUCACAUUUUUGCAGUCACUAUUUCAAGCAUUUGAUGUUAACUCCAAGAAUCAUUCGAAAUCCUGUCAAUGUUAGUGAAAGGAGUCAAUUCACUUUAUCGGUCUUCGGGCUUCCAGGCCGUCCAUCUGGAAAAAAGGGUGUGCAUUGGUUGACCCAACAAGAAAUGCAAUCUGCCCAUGUUCAUGUCUUGAUCAACUGCGUUGAAGUUAAACCAUUUCUUGAGGAAUUCAACAACACCUAUUUUCAUACUACCGGUGUACAAUCAACAUCUGGUGUCAUCCAUGCUCAAUUCCCAGCAUGGUUUAAGGAGAGAAUGUAUAGCAUUGUUGCACCGACUCCCGAAAUACUCCAUUUGAGAAACUUGUCUCAAGGCCCUAUUCAAAGCGCAAAUGAAUGGCACACAUACUUCGUGAAUGGAUAUAAAUUUCACACUCAUACAUGGAUUGAAGGGAAAAAGACCAUAAACAGUGGUGUUUUUGUGAAAGGAGUUACAGAUGGUGGUGAAGAUGACUUCUAUGGUUUUGUCAAACAUAUCUAUGAGUUGGUGUACACUUACUUGGACUCGGAAAAUAAAGUUGUCUUGUUUUAUUGUGAAUGGUAUGAUCCAACUAGAGGCACAAAAAUAGAUAGGACAUAUGGUACUGUUGAGAUUCAAAUGGACCGGAGGUACAAAGAGUAUGACCCUUUCAUAAUGUCACAUAUUGUUAGGCAAGUUUACUAUGUUCCUUAUCCUUCAUUUGUGCCACGUAAACGAGGGUGGUGUGUUGUCAUAAAAACAAAACCAAUGGGUCAUAUUGAAUCUGACGAUCUAGUGGAAGAAGAUCUUGCUUUCCAAGUUGAUGAAGUGGAACAAAUUAAUGAUGUGGUUGCAGAUGAACAAACUACAAGUUUGUCUGAUACAAUGGUUGAGGGGCAUCUAGUUGAUUCGUCUAUAUUGGAUGAAGAGCAUGAAGAUAUUGCAUCUGAGGAAAAUAUCACAUCAAAUGAUGAGAAUGAUGUGGAUGACGAGCACGAAGAUUUAGAAUAA